AUGCCUCCCAACGGAACAGCCAAUGGCCAUGCCCAAACCAUGAAAGUGGGUUAUAUUGGCUUGGGCAAUGCUGGUUUCUCAAUGGCCUCAAAUCUGCCCAAGGCUGGCUAUCAACUUGUCGUCCACGAUGCCGACGAUGCUGAGGUCCAGAAAGCAGCUGCCGAGUGGCCCAACACUACACCUGCCAACGGAUCAUCGGAAGCUUUCGCAGAUUGUCAAGUGAUUAUCACGAUGUUGCCACAGGGCAAAGUUGUGAGAGAGGUCCUUUUGGGCAAGGAUCAUUUUGCUAGGUCAUUGAAGCCUGGUACGAUCAUUGUUGAUACGUCUUCGUCUUCGCCUUUCGAUACCAGAGGCUUGGGAGAGGAACUGGCCCAGCACUCGUUACAAUUGAUUGAUGCGCCAAUCACGCAGACAUAUAUGCACGCCACCGAUGAAGGUGAGUCAACACUCAUGGUCGGCUCUGAUAGCAAGGAAGCUUUCGACAAGGUAGAGCCCAUCUUGAGAACCAUGGCUGGCUACAUCUUCCACAUGGGCAAGCUGGGCAACGGACAUGCCAUGAAGACCCUCAACAACUACAUCAUGGCUUCAUCGAUAUGCGCUCUCAGCGACAGCCUGGUUACCGGUCAAAAGUUCGGACUGGAUCCCCAACAAAUGAUCGACGUCUUGAAUGUGGGAACGGGAGUCUGCUUCCCCACACUGGAUACAUUUCGACGAGAUGGCUUGACGCAGAGAUACAACAGUGGAUUUGGACUGGCGCUGUUGGUGAAGGAUCUCGGCAUCACGUCUGAUUUCAUGAAGCAUAGUGGUUUUGAGACUGCGUUGCCAGAGCUAACGAAAAAAUAUCUUGGCGACGCCCUUAAAGAGGUGGAACCCAUGGCAGAUCACACCAAAGCUCUGGUCGGGUGGGAGAAGAGGAGUGGAGUGCAACUGAAGCGAACCGAGAAAGCAGAAGACAUUCCGCAGAAGGAUUUUGAUCAUCGUCUGAAAGGAUUGAAUCGACCGCCGCAUAUUUGA